AUUGAUUAUGUAAUACAUUACUGUAAACUGUAGAAAGUUACACAGCUCCUGCUGCACACCUGAUACAAAGAACGAGACUAAAUUAAAACGCACCAAUCGAUUUCUGAUCUUUCAAAGAUAACUCCUCCCAUUGCUUCAUUUACAAGAAAAACUCAAGAAAACUCGAUUCACUGCAGCCUUGCACAGCAUCAAGAAAUCAUUGUUUACAAAACCUUGCAAGAAUUAAAUGGUGAAUUUAAAGCAUAGUUACCUUUGAAAUAAGUCAUGUAAGGGGUUUUCAACUUCACACAACUGUUCCAAAGAGAAGAAAACGCAUUUUAAAAUUGAAAGUAUUGCGUUAAAACGGCAACGAUGCCCAACAUAAUCCUGAUGAUCUCUGUGGCUUUGGUAUUACCAGUUUACUUGGAAGCGAUCCAUGGGAUGUACCCGUUCGGCCAUCCUGAAUUAUUUUACAAGAAGAGUAAUUGCAAGCCCAUACCGACCACCCUGCUUCUGUGCCACGACAUUGAGUACUCAGAAAUGAGGCUGCCCAACUUGCUGGGGCACGAGACCAUGAAGGAGGUCCUCCAGCAAGCAUCCUCUUGGAUCCCCCUGGUCCAAAAGCAGUGCCACCCUGACACCAAGAAGUUCCUUUGUUCUCUUUUUGCUCCGGUGUGUUUAGACGACCUGGACGAACCGAUACAGCCUUGUCGAUCCCUCUGUGAGCGCGUGGAACAGAGCUGCGCCCCGGUCAUGUCUGCUUUCGGCUAUCCCUGGCCAGACAUGCUAGAUUGCAGCCGCUUCCCUGAAGACAACGAUCUGUGCAUCCCUCCAGCUAGCGUCGAUAGUUUUGUUCCAACUACAAAAGAAGUACCCCAGGUGUGCGACGCCUGCAAAGAUAAGGAAGAGAACGACAACGAGAUUAUAGAAAACCUUUGUAAAAAUGAUUUUGCCCUAAAGAUAAAAGUGAAGGAGAUCUCGUACAUCAACGGAGACACCAAAAUCAUCCCGGAGACAAAGAGCAAGACCAUCUACAAGCUGAAUGGCGUGACGGAACGAGAUCUGAAGAAGACCGUGCUGUGGCUCAAAGACGGCCUGCAGUGUACUUGCGAUGAAAUUAAUGACAUCAAUGCCCCCUAUUUAGUGAUGGGACAAAAGCUGGACGGGAACCUGGUCCUAACCUCUGUAAAAAGAUGGCAACGAGGGCAUAGAGAGUUUAAGAGAAUCUCUCGCAGCAUUCGCAAACUGCAGUGUUAAUUAACCACACUCCUCAACGCCUUUGCUUUUCCCCUUUAGUAAUAAUAAUUAUUAUCCUUCUGCACUUUUGCAGUACUGCAGGCUUUACAACAGUUUACAUGCCGUGGGAGCCAAUGUGGAAUAUCUCCCAAUUUAUAAAUGAAUCAGAAAGAGGGCUCCAUUCCAGUGCAUUUACAGAACUUGGAAUGCACACACACACACACACACACACACACACACACACACAUAUAUAUAUGCACACUUCUAUACAGCUUAUGUGGCACACAAUAGUGUUACAAAUUCAUGGAGUUCAUGUAACUGAAAACAGCCUUUCUUUCUGUUAACAGCUGCUUUAAGUUGGCACGGCCUAGAGUAGAAGGAUGUACACAUGGCUCAGUAAUACUUGUGAAUCAUCUAUCGAAUGGCAUUAGGUCUGGACAUUUGAAAUAAGUCAAGCAGCAAUUAAUGCAUUAAAUUUAUGUUUUUUAGGUGACACAUUUAGUUUUUGAUUUGUGUCUCUCACCCGAUUGUGGUGUGAAAUACCAUUUUGUAUAAAUCAAAGUCUACUCAUUUUAUUAUUUAAUCUAGCCUAUUUGAAUUUUGUUUUUAGUUUUAACAACUGUAUGAUAAAAGUGUGUUUCACUAUAACAUUUUUUCACAUAUGUAAUCGAGAAUGUGAUGUGGCUCUCAUUUGAACCAUUUAAAUAUAUUGUCUAUGUUUUGAGCUUUUUAAAAGUUUAUGAAUUUGGAAAAAAAACCAAAAAAGCCUAAAAAAGCCCAGUAUUAGCCUGUAUUAGUAUAUAGUCUGCUCAAGAGUUGUAAAAUACUGCUUUAGCUUACACUGUAAAUAUUUCUGAAAAACAUUUUAUUCUUGUAUAUAUGUUUUGAACUGUCAAUUUAGUUUACUUUACACUUAUAAUACAUUUUGUAGCCCACCCAAUUAACAUUUCACGUUGGCUUUAAAACCAGAUAUUUAAGAAUUACAACACAUUUGAAAGAAAUCUACUUUAAAUGCACCAAAAAUGUUGUUCCUUAAAUAAGCAUCAGGCCAACAGUGUCAAGUUUAUACAGUAGACCUAAACACUAAAACGUGUUUAAAAUAUGUUGCAUAUCACUGAUGUUUAAUUUUUAAACAUUUGGUUUUAUAUUGUGGAUAAAACUGGGUAGGACUACUUUAUUAGUUUCCAUUGUUUAUCUUGCAACAUCAAAGUGAAAAAUAUUUGUUCCACCAGUUUUAAAUUCAUUUAAUGUCAUCUGAUGUAUUAACCAAUGCGUAGCCUUUUAUGUUUAUGUUUGCCAUAUGCAGUGCUUAUUUUCGUAUGUUUAUACCAAAUAAACAAAAAAUGUAUUU